AAAACAAGCUCUUUGUUUUUGUGAUACUUUUUGAUCAGUUUUAACAAGUAACUGUUUUAGAUGCUAGGGAAACUAGAAACUUUGCUUUCACAGUGCAAUAGCCAUAAUGCAAGAAUUUCAUAUGUGUUUAAGGGAAUUGUAAGUAAAAUGCUCUGAAAUCCAAGGGGUAAAAAAUUCUUUAUUUAAGAUAAAGAUUAUGUGGCAGGAAAAAGCAUGAAAAUCCUGAAACAAUAAAGUGACACCAGGUAGGGAAGGAUAUAUAUUUCAAUAUUUGUAAUUUGGGGAGAGCUAAAGCUGAUUCUUUCUUAAUGUACAACUUUAAAUUGAUUUUGUAUCAUUACAGUAAGUAUUGGGGCAGCUAUGUGGUACAAUGCAAAGAUCAUCAGCUCUGGAGUCAGGAGGACCUAAAUUCAAAUCUGUUCUCACACACAUUACAUUUACUAGAUUGCAUUGUGAUUCUGGGCAAGUCACUUAAUCUCCUUGCCUCGACCAAAAAAAAAAAAAAAAAACAAGAAAAUAUAAAAAGUGAAAUGGAUUUUUUUUUCUGAAAAAAUGAUUGUUUUCUUUGAUUUGAAUCAAAGGUUGCUCAAGAAACAGAUGUUAAAGCUCAGAUUCGUCUACAGUUUCGUGACGUUAAUGGGGAACUUGUAGCUGUACAGAGGUCAAUGGUGUGUACUCAGAAAAGUAAAAAGACAGAAUUUAAAACCCUGGAAGGAGUCAUUACUAGAACAAAGCAUGGUGAAAAGGUGAGCCUCAGCUCUAAGUGUGCAGAAAUUGACCGAGAAAUGAUCAGUUCCCUUGGUGUUUCCAAAGCUGUGCUCAAUAAUGUAAUUUUUUGCCACCAAGAAGAUUCCAAUUGGCCUUUAAGUGAAGGGAAGGCCCUGAAACAGAAAUUUGAUGAAAUCUUCUCAGCAACAAGGUAUAUUAAAGCUUUGGAGACACUUCGUUUAGUGCGUCAAAGCCAAAGUGGGCGGGUAAAGGAAUGUCAGACUGAACUAAAGUACCUGAAACAGAAUAAGGAAAAAGCUUGUGAGAUUCGUGAUCAGAUUGUCAGUAAGGAAGCUCAGUUAGCAUCUUCUAAGGAAUUUGUCAAGUCCUAUGAUAAUGAGCUUGGACCACUGAAGAUUCAUCUAAAAGAAAUUGAACAGAAUCUUUCUAAAAUAGUGAGGCUUGACAAUGACAUUAAAGCUCUGGAAAGUAGAAAGAAACAAAUGGAAAAGGACAACAGUGAAUUAGAGCAGAAAAUGGAAAAGGUAUUUCAGGGGACUGAUGAACAGCUAAAUGAUAUGUACCACAAUCACCAGAGAACAGUACGAGAAAAGGAAAGGAGACUGAUCGAUUGUCAGCGAGAGCUGGACAGAACAAAUAAAGAAUCUAAGCUGCUGAAUCAUGAAAAAUCAGAACUGCUUGUGGAACAGGGUCGUCUCCAACUACAAGCUGAUCGCCAUCAACAGAACAUCCGAGCUAGAGAUUCAUUAAUACAGUCUUUGGCAACACAUUUAGAAUUCGAUGGGUUUGAGCGAGCACCAUUUAAUGAAAGGCAAAUUAAAAAUUUUCAGAAGCUUGUGAAGGACAUAGAAGAAAGAGAAACAGAAGCUAAUAGAAGAAUGAUGAAUGACUUUGCAGGAAAAGAAAGUAUGAAACAAAAACAAAUAGAUGAAAUAAGGGAUAAGAAAACUGGCCUGGAAAGAAUAAUUGAACUGAAAUUAGAAAUUCAAAGUAAGAAACAGACUGAACUGAAAAAUGUAAAAUAUGAACUACAAGAAUUAGAGGGAUCUUCGGACAGAAUUCUUGAACUGGACCAGGAACUUGGAAAAACCGAGCUUGAACUUGGCAAGGCAGAGGAAAAGAGUAACAUAGCAGCACUGAAAGAAGAACUACCAACACUAUUGCGAGAAAAGGGAGAUCUGGACAGAAGUCUUCGUAAAUUAGAUCAGGAAAUGGAACAAUUAAACCACCACACCAUGACAAGAACCCAAAUGGAAAUGCUGACCAGAGACAAAGCUGACAAAGAUGAACAAAUAAGAAAAAUAAAAUCUAGACACAAUGAUGAAUUAACGUCAUUGUUAGGCUAUUUUCCCAACAAAAAGCAACUUGAAGAUUGGCUUCAUAGUAAAUCUAAAGAAAUUAAUCAAACACGGGACAGACUUGCCAAAUUUAAUAAAGAGCUGGCUUCAGCAGAACAAAAUAAAAAUCACAUCAAUAAUGAACUCAAGCAGAAGGAAGAACAAUUGUCCAAAUAUGAAGACAAAUUAUUUGAUGUUUGUGGAAGUCAGGAUUUUGAAAGUGAUUUAGAUAAGCUAAUGGAUGAAAUUGAAAAAUCUUCUAAACAGCGAGCAAUGCUUGCUGGAGCCACAGCAGUUUAUUCCCAGUUUAUUACUCAGCUAACUGAUGAAAACCAAUCAUGUUGUCCUGUAUGUCAGAGAGUUUUUCAGACAGAAGCUGAACUACAAGAUGUGAUAAGUGAUUUGCAAUCCAAGCUACGCCUUGCUCCUGACAAACUCAAGUCAACAGAAUCUGAGCUGAAGAGAAGAGAAAAAAGACGGGAUGAAAUGAUGGGGCUUAAACCAAUAAGACAAAACAUAAUUGAUUUGAAGGAAAGAGAAAUACCAGAAUUGAGGAAUAAACUACAGAAUGUGAACAGAGACAUACAGCAUCUAAAAGGUGAAAUAGAAGAACAAGAGACACUCUUAGGUACUAUAAUACCAGAGGAGGAAAGUGCUAAAGCAUGCUUAACAGAUGUUACUAUCAUGGAAAGAUUACAGAUGGAACUUAGAGAUGUUGAACGAAAAAUAGCUCAACAAGCUGCUAAGUUACAAGGAGUAGAUUUGGAUCGAACUGUUCAACAAGUAAACCAAGAAAAGCAAGAAAAACAGCAUAGAUUGGACACUGUUUCCAGUAAAAUUGAGUUGAAUCGUAAGCUUAUACAGGACCAGCAAGAACAAAUCCAACAUCUAAAAAGUACAGUAAAUGAACUUAAAUCAGAAAAACUUCAAAUAUCUAGUAAUCUGCAACGUCGACAGCAACUGGAGGAACAGACAGUAGAAUUGUCUACAGAAGUUCAGUCCUUACAUCGAGAAAUAAAAGAUUCAAAAGAGCAGUUGUAUCCUUUGGAAACCACUCUGGGAAAAUUACAGCAAGAAAAAGAAGAAUUAAUUAAAAAAAAGAAUACAAGUAACAGUGCAGUACAGGAAAAAUUAAAUGAUAUCAAAGAGAAGGUUAAAAACAUUUCUAGUUACAUGAAGGACAUUGAGAACUAUAUUCAAGAUGGAAAAGACAAUUACAAAAUGCAAAAUGAAGCUGAACUGAAUAAAGUAAUAAGUCAGCUAAAUGAAUGUGAAAAACAAAAAGACAAGAUAAGUAAAGAAAUGGGAACAAUGAGACAAGACAUUGAUAUGCAAAAGGUGCAGGAAAGGUGGCUACAAGAUAACCUUACUCUGAGGAAGAGAAAUGAGGAACUGAAAGAAGUUGAAGAAGAAAGAAAGCAGCACUUAAAGGAGAUGGGACAAAUGCAGGUGUUACAGCUGAAAAAUGAAUAUCAGGCAUUAGAAGAAAAAAUAGAAACACUGAAAAGAAAUCACAGUUUAGCAUUAGGACGUCAAAAAGGCUACGAGGAAGAAAUUAUUCAUUUUAAAAGAGAACUGCGAGAACCUCAGUUUUCUGAUGCUGAGGAAAAGUACAGAGAAAUGAUGAUUGUAAUGAGAACAACAGAACUUGUAAACAAGGACCUCGACAUUUAUUACAAGGCUUUGGAUCAUGCAAUAAUGAAGUUUCAUGGCAUGAAAAUGGAAGAAAUCAAUAAAAUUAUUCGUGAUCUCUGGAGAAGUACCUACCGAGGCCAAGAUAUUGAAUAUAUAGAAAUUCGGUCUGAUACAGAUGAAAACAUAUCAGCUUCUGAUAAAAGGAGGAAUUACAAUUAUAGAGUAGUGAUGAUAAAAGGAGACACAGCCUUGGACAUGCGAGGACGAUGCAGUGCUGGACAAAAGGUGCUUGCUUCUCUUAUCAUUCGCUUGGCCCUCGCAGAAACUUUCUGUUUGAAUUGUGGCAUUCUUGCGUUGGAUGAGCCUACAACAAACCUUGAUAGAGAAAACAUUGAAUCUCUUGCACAUGCCUUGGUGGAUCCUAUCCAGAACGGGACCAUGAAAGAACUCAUUGUUCAGCUUCACAAUCUAAAACACCCCAAACAGCUAUCCUGCAAUUCAAGCAUGGUAUGGCAAGUCAACUUUGAAAAAGAAAAGCUUUGCGCAGCUUUGGAGGUCCUGAAUAACGUUACCAACUGCCCGGAGAUCGAUCGGCUUAGGAGAAACAUGAACCAUCUCCUGGGCAACAGCACUAGGAAUGAAAACUGCCUCAAGGUUCAAGACACCAAGAUCCAGCUGAGUAGGUUCCUGAAGGACCUACUCACUUUUUUGCAGAAAAGUAAUAGAAAUGAAGGAAUAUUAAAAUCAAGUCUGGGAAACUUUACUAAAGCAUGAAAGACAGUUCACAUUUUCAGAUAGAAGCUAGAAAUAGUCAUCCUACAGAUUAACUUUCACUUUAGGCACAUUUAGCGGGGAGGGGAAGGGAGAUUUGCUUAGUUUAGCCUUCAACCUGCAUCAACGCCCCAUCUCAGGAAAACUGAAUUCAAAUUACACCCCCCAUUCAGGUUCCAAAGAGCUUCUUUCUUUGUUCCCAAAGCAGAGGCUCCUUGGAAGCUUAUUGAGCCUCAGCCCUGCUCUCCUCUAUCAGCUAGGGCAGAGUCUCUAGGUGCUCUUACUUGAAGCUAUUUGGAGCAUUUAGGACUUGACAACCAAGAAUCCUAGCUGACUUGAAGGGGUUUAGACCUCUGUGACUUGGGUGGGGGGAAGGUUCAUUCCUUGUUCAAUUUGGCAAUAUUACUUACCCAGCACUACUCUCUCCUAGCUGGGCAGUCCAGGAGGAGGGGAUAUUUUUUCUGAGAGGACCCUGUUGCUCUUUAGGUCUAAGACAAAAAGCAACUUAAUUACAUUUCUUCAUGUUUUAUUUAUUUUUGUGUGUUAUUUAAAGCAACUAUUCUUUAAUUUUUUGGAGACAGGGAUUAUUUUUGUAGGCCUAGACACAGAGAUGAAGACUCAGCAUAUGGGCACUAAAGCCAGUGGACAUUUGUGGUCCCUGACAGAUAAGUCUUGACAGUACUAUAUUUCAAAACCUGCUACCUCACAGUGUCCUCUGGGUCAAGUGGGACCAAUCAAAGUCAGGAGAAAGACAGAAGGUGGAAGAAAAGGGUGAUUAAUUAGACUGUGACUGAUUUUUCUGCCUCCCAAAAUGUUAUGUGACAUUACUGCUAAAUGAUAAUUUAUUUUUCUUCCAUGUAUUUAAAAUAAAUUUAUUAUUAAUCUAUA